AUGAACCUCUCAACGUACAGCAACAUCACCCAGACUAAAAUAAGGGACUCGUACACGAUAGCUGUGACCAAGAAUGUGAUCGUUGUGGCUUUGUACUUCUCCAUCAACUACAUUAACGGCACACUUGUCCACACUUUCCUCAAGCAUGAGAUCUUCAAUGAGAAUCCUCGAUAUAUCCUCUUCAUCCAUAUGGUCAUCAAUGAUAUGAUCCAGCUAACAAUUGCAGUGUUGCUUAAUCUUAUUUUCUAUAUUUUUUAUACAAUUAAUGUCUCUAUCUGUUGCAUUCUUAUAAUGAUUGCAGUGUUCACCACCCUCAACACUCCCCUGAAUCUGGCCGGCAUGGCUGUGGAGCGCUACAUUGCUAUUUGUAACCCGUUACGUCACACACAGAUUUGUACUGUGCGCAGGACAUACAUCCUAAUUGGCCUCAUUUGGGGCUUGGGUGCCAUCACCAUUCUUCCUGACCUGUUCUUUCUGUUAGCCACUGAGCCUUUAUCGUUUUUCCAUUCUUCUGUCAACUGCCAUCAAAACGCUCUGCUCCGCCACCCAUACGUGGUGGAGAAGAGAACAGUCUCAUACCUGGUCUAUCUGUCCUUUGUAUGGCUCACUUUGUUCUACACCUACUUCAGAAUCAUGUUUACAGCCAAGGCCACCGGUGCAGACGCCCGGAAGGCCCGCAAUACCAUCGUCCUGCAUGGCCUGCAGCUUCUGCUGUGCAUGUUCACAUAUAUUGUCCCACUAAUUGAGAGUACGUUAACCUCCCUCUUCCCCAUGCUUUUAAAUGACAUACGAUUCACAAUUUACAUCUUUGUCCAGAUUUUACCCAGGUUUAUAAGUCCUAUUGUGUACGGAUUGAGGGAUCAGAUGUUCUGUGCAUAUCUGAAAAAGCACCUGCUGUCGGGACGGACACCAGAAUGCACAGAUGUAACACUGCAUGGGCCCACUGCCAAGACACUUUGCACAAGCGGGGACAGCCUUCACUUGCAUGAGGGGCUGUUGUACCGUGUGAGAGAAGAGCUGGUGUCUGUCCACCUAGAUGUGGAGCUCUGUAUGAACUGCUGCGACCUGUGCAUGGCCAAGAAUGGGCUGACGGAGCUGUUGCAUGCUCCAUUGCAGUCCUUCUGCUCUGGUGCCCCAAUGGAAAGUGUAGCUGUGGACAUCCUGGGCCCCUUUCCUACCACCAAAGUCAGGAAAAGCUACAUUCUCGUGAUCAUGGAUUAUUUCACUAAAUGGCUGGAGGCAAAUGCCAUUCCAAAGCAAAGUGUGAUCAUGAUGGUGGAGCUGCUAGUAGAGGUGUUCUUCUGCUGGUUCAGAGUGCUGGAGGAGCUCGAUAACAACUGGGAUGCAAUUUUGAGUCAGCAGUAA